GGCCCGGCUGCUGGGGCGGCGGGAGGCUGCGUGCCGGCGGCGGGCUCGGGGUGCGCGCAGGGCAGCGGCUGUGCCGGGAGACGGCGGGCCGGGAGCGGCCGCCUGGGGCCGGAAGACUGUGCCAAAGAAGACUUUUGCUCAGAUGACAUCACAUUUGGACUACUAAUGCUAUCCACCCACUCUACAAGGCACAAUGUGUUUCUGGAUAAUUUAAUUCAGAAUUUAAUUCUUUUCUGCUGAAGGGGAUACAUCUAACUCUCCAUUGUUCUUCAAAGGAACCAAUUUCAUCACUAAACCUCACACCUAAACAAGUCACAAAGUGUAAAAGGCAAUCGUACAAAUGUCUACCACAAGACUAAAGUGUGAUAUGUUAUGUUUUUUACCAUAAGCACCCAUAAAAUGAGCUCCAUUGCAGACAGAAAUGAUGGAAGCAUUUUUGAUGGGCUGGUGGAAGAGGAUGACAAAGAUAAAGCCAAAAGAGUGUCUAGGAACAAGUCUGAAAAGAAACGACGAGAUCAGUUUAAUGUACUUAUCAAAGAGCUGGGUUCCAUGCUCCCAGGUAAUGCUCGGAAGAUGGAUAAAUCCACUGUACUGCAGAAGAGCAUUGACUUUUUACGGAAGCACAAAGAAAUUACUGCACAAUCAGAUGCCAGUGAGAUUCGACAGGAUUGGAAACCGACAUUCCUUAGUAAUGAAGAGUUCACACAGUUAAUGUUAGAGGCUCUUGAUGGUUUUUUUUUAGCAAUUAUGACAGAUGGAAAUAUAAUAUAUGUGUCUGAAAGUAUAACUCCCUUACUUGAACAUUUGCCAUCUGAUCUUGCGGAUCAGAGUGUCUUUAAUUUUAUCCCAGAGGGGGAACAUUCAGAAAUUUAUAAAAUAUUGUCUUCUCAUCUGCUGGAAAGUGAUUCAUUGACACCAGAAUACUUAAAAUCAAAAAAUCAACUAGAAUUCUGUUGCCAUAUGCUACGAGGAACAAUAGAUCCAAAAGAGCAACCUACGUAUGAAUAUGUAAAAUUCAUAGGAAAUUUCAAGUGUUUGAAUAAUGUUCCCAACUCAGCGCACAACGGUUUUGAAGGAACUAUUCAGCGAUCACACCGACCUUCAUAUGAAGACAAAGUUUGCUUUGUAGCCACAGUUAGAUUAGCUACACCUCAAUUUAUCAAGGAAAUGUGCACUGUUGAAGAACCCAAUGAAGAGUUCACAUCUAGACAUAGCUUAGAAUGGAAGUUCCUAUUCUUGGAUCACAGGGCACCUCCGAUAAUAGGUUAUCUUCCAUUUGAAGUUCUGGGAACAUCAGGCUAUGAUUAUUAUCAUGUGGAUGAUCUAGAUAACCUGGCAAAAUGUCACGAGCAUUUAAUGCAAUAUGGGAAAGGGAAGUCAUGUUACUACAGAUUCCUUACAAAGGGACAGCAAUGGAUUUGGCUGCAAACACAUUACUAUAUCACGUAUCAUCAGUGGAAUUCCAGGCCAGAGUUUAUUGUCUGUACACACACUGUUGUAAGUUAUGCAGAAGUUAGAGCAGAAAGACGACGAGAACUUGGUAUUGAGGAGUCUCUUCCAGAGGUAACAGCAGAUAAAAGUCAGGACUCUGGGUCUGACAAUCACAUAAAUACAGUAAGUCUCAAAGAAGCACUGGAAAGGUUUGAUACCAGCCCCACACCUUCUGCUUCCUCUCGGAGUUCAAGAAAAUCUUCACAUACUGCAGUAUCAGACCAUUCAUCCACACCAACUAAAAUGACGGUGGACACUAGCACUCCUCCAAGGCAAAGCUUAUCUGGUCAUGAAAAGACUGCGCAAAGGAGAUCGUCUCUGAGUAGCCAGUCUUUAAGCUCCCAGUCUCUUGGACAACCAGUAGCACAGCCAACGAUGUCUCAACCUGCAACUUUACAGCUCCAGUCUGGCAUAUCCCAGCCUGUGUUUCAGUUUUCAGCUCAGUUAGGUGCUAUGCAGCAUCUAAAGGACCAGCUAGAGCAAAGAACACGCAUGAUAGAGGCAAAUAUUCAUCGACAGCAGGAAGAGUUGCGAAAGAUUCAAGAGCAGCUUCAAAUUGUCCACGGUCAAGGGCUCCAGAUGUUCUUGCAGCAGUCAACUUCUGGACUCAGCUUUGGUUCUGUGCAGCUUGCUUCUGGAAAUUCUGCAAAUGUUCAGCAGCUUACAUCAAUAAACAUGCAAGGUCAAGUUGUGCAGUCUAAUCAGACUCAAAGUGGGAUAAACACAGGCCAUAUAAAUACUCCACACUUGGCACAGCAGCAGCCUUUGCAGAGUACUGCAACACAGCAUAAUCAACAAAAUGUACUUAGUGGACACAAUCAACAGUCUUCUCUUGCCAGUCAGUCACAAAACACAGUCUCGACACCUUUGUAUAACACCAUGGUGAUUUCUCAGCCUACAACAGGAAAUGUGGUCCAGGUUCCUUCUAGUUUACCACAGAACAAUAACCAGAAUGCUGCUGCAGUAGCCACGCUUACACAGGAUAGACAAAUCAGAUUUUCUCAAGGUCAGCAGCUUGUAACAAAACUUGUCACAGCCCCAGUAGCAUGUGGAGCAGUAAUGGUACCAAGUACCAUGUUUAUGGGGCAGGUAGUGACUGCUUAUCCCACUUUUGCUGCCCAACAGCAGCAGCCACAGACUUUGUCAGUAACGCAACAGCAGCAGCAGCAAAGUCAGCAAGACCAUCAGCAGCAGCUCACCACCGUUCAGCAACCAGCUCAGCCGCAGCUCACCCAGCACCCCCAGCAGUUCCUACAGACAUCCAGGUUACUUCAUGGAAAUCAGUCAGCUCAGCUUAUCCUCUCUGCUGCUUUCCCACUACAACAAAGCACUUUUACUCAGUCCCAUCACCAGCAGCAUCAGUCGCAGCAGCAGCAACUUUCACGACACAGGACUGACAAGAUGACUGAUCCUUCCAAAGUUCAGCCACAAUAGUGUGAGGUUCUUGCUUCUUUUUGAAGCAAACCACCAGGAGGGAGCUGCUCCACACACAGUUGCACUGAGGCUACAGAGAUAGCAGUAUGAAGGCUUUCUAACACCACAGGGCUGAGAUCUAACUUCUGGAAUCUGUUAAGAAAAGCCACAAAUGCUGAUGGGGACAUGGCCAACUUUGAUAGUUGCCCCAGUUUCUGUGUUCUAAAGGAUUUGCUGCCGUGUGUUAAUUUGUCCAGGUGAAAUCUCAAAAUGUGACUAAAAUGAUAGGGAUGCUGAAAAUAUUGGUAUUUUUAUCAAUCCUGUACAUUUUUAAAGUAUUAAAAUGGACAUGGAGCAAUUGUUUGAAUUAGCAGAAAAAAAUGCCAGGAAUAUCGUCCAAAAAACAUCUAAUUUUUUUCAGAUGAUUAUGGGACAGUAAAUAUUUUGAAAAUGUUGUGUGAAAUCCAGUUCUCUGUUGUACAGAUGCUGUAAAAUAUUGUGUAUAUGUCUGCCUAAAAGGAGAAAGAGCAAAAUAUUUUAUAUAAUGCAUGAAAAUGUAAGAUGUUAUUUGUAGGUUUGAAUAUGUUUCCCUAAAUUCUCACGUCAUACUCAGACUAAUGUUUUUUUUCUGUUCUACCCUUUUGUUUACAACAUGAUGCAUCAUUAUUUUCACCCUUAAUGUGGGCACAAGUCUCUUGUUUGUGCUUUGUCUGUGAUGUCAGGGUUUGUUCGUUGAGGUAUAGUGUGUUGGUUAGUUGACUUUUUGAGGUUAAAUUAUUGAUGAAGCUGUUUGAACUGGUGAUCAUGCAUCAGGGUUCAGGACAUUCAGAUUCAUGAACAUCAUCCAUCAUUUCAUAAUUAAUUCAUUGUUUUAUUUGAAAAAUAGGAAUUUGCACUGCUUUCUUGCGGAUGGUUUGGAAUUUUAUUCCCCAAAGCUAUCUUUUGAUAUAGUUCAUAGUUGGAAAUAUUUAUGUAAAAGGUUUAAAAAAAAAAAACAACUACAGUAAUUUUCAAGAAUGUUUCAGUUAUAGGAGUAAUUUGCACAAAAAUAUAUUUACAUUUAAUAACCUUUUGGGCACUUUUUAACCACUUUCUCUGUGGUGGAAUUGUAACUUGUUAAAAUAUGUUGGAAUCUUUUUAUUCUCCUUCAGAAAUUAGUCAGAACUAAUUCAGGGUCAUUUUAACAACAACAAAACCCAUAGUGCCUUGAUUUUAAUUCAGGUGAUAAUGUUGAACAUCUUGAAUUACAAUGUCUUGAAUCUGUAACCAUUUUCAAUUUGAAGUCUUAGUAUAUUGUCAAUCAAACUUGUGGAUCUAUUUCAUAACUGUUUCUGUACUGCGUUGAUUUUAAUAAUGGUCUGAGUUGAGAACAUGAGCAUUUUUGAGUGGUACUCCCCCUCAAACACUAGCCAGAAACAGAGGAGUCUCUAAAAUCUCAGACCUUGAAGAUAAUACUCUUAAAAAAUAAAAAAAUCUGGAAGUAUAGGGUACUCCUUUUGCAGUAGGAAGAACAGUAGGCUCAUUUUUUUUUUGUUGUUUUGUUUAGUUUUGGGAUUUUUUAAUCAUUUUUGUAGUGCUUAAAAUGUGUCUUGGGGAGGUCAUGAUUGCAUUUAACACUACCAGGCUAUUGAUUUAAGAGACAUCACUGAACUAAGACUUCAGAAAGCAAGUUCACUUUAUAAAGAAAAUAAAAAGUUCCAACAGAUAUGAUGUGCUAUUCUAAGUAAAUGUUCUGUAGGUUUUUAUGGUACUAGUUUGUGGAAACUAGACCUUCAGAGGAAAAUGAAUAAAUGCUGAUAGAUCUGGUAAUUAAAAACAAAACCAGUAAAAGCAGUUAAAAUUAGUACUAGGAAGAGAAAGCUGGAUUAAUCUUGAAUAACUAAGGAGGAGAUGAAUGAAUGUAACCAAAUGGUGACGGACUAUUUUGUACUAUGAAACAGUUUGAUUGUAUUACUGGAUGAACCAAACCCGCAGGAAGGUAACACCAGUUUAGCCAAGCAUUUGAUACAGUUGGUUACGUUUUGAGGCUGCCUUUGCCUCUGUAUGUGUCCCACCUUUAGAGCUUUGUUAUUCCCCAGUUAUUAAGCAAGAGUUUGGCACCAAAAAGCACAGUAGUGAACAAGGAAGGAGAGUGUGAAAAAUAACAGUACCAAAGAGAACUAGAUUGCUUUCUGCUCCAAGAAGCUUGUUGCAACCUGGAGCAAGGAACAGAUGCCAAUACCAAACAUAGAAAGAAAUAUCUCCCCUUCUUUAAAGGGAUUUCUGGCAUUCUCUGGGCUGGAAUAAUUGUCAGAAACCUGUUUCUGCAAAGCUCUAUGUAAGGAAAUCCUGCCUUGCUCUACUAUCCUUACCACGCCAUUCCACCUGUUUCUAAAUUAAGCUGCAGUGACUAGAGAUCUGUGCUAUCAGGACUUUUGCUUGAUGGAAAAUAGGUUAGAUUAAUUUUUUUUAAUCAAUUACAAUAAUAAUAUAGCACUAAAAAUGAAAACUGGGAGAGCUUUAAUAGUGCUGUUAGAACUAUCAAAUAGCAGUAAAAUAGGUUUAUUAAGCUAUUACACUGAGAAUUACAGAAAAUAGAGAUACCAGUCAGUUAAUGAUGCAGCUUUUUAUAAACUUCUCUUCCCAUUUCCCUCUUCCCAAAUACUCUGGUGUGCUGCUAUAGGUCUGCCAGUAUAAAGGCUAAACUAGGUGAGAGAGAAAUUAGAUGGUGACAGUAGCAUGGCUGCUGAAAGAGAACUAUAGAAAUGUACCCUUUGAUAAGAAGCUUUUUUGUAACCUCAGAGGGGAGGUCAUUCGAUUAAAGAACUACCAGCUAGUAGAGAAAGUAUAGAAGAAGGGGAAGUUCAAAGAAACUGGAAAAUAUAGCAUGCAUUUGGAAAAUUCCUGUCACUAAUCAGGCAAACUUUUUACAAAAGCAAGUCUGUAGAACUUGAUCCAGAUUCUGUGCAAGAUGCAGAUGCUUUGUUUCACAGCUAGUGACUAAAAAGUGUCUGCAGCUUCCCCUGUUGCUGAAUCAGUUGCUGAACUGUCCUUGAUUUUCAGUGGGAAGAGGACCAGCUACUGCCUCUUUCUUAAUCAGCCUUUUGCUUCUGCCCCACUUGUUUACUAAGUCAUAGACUUACUUGCAACAUUCUAAUAAACAGCACCAUAAUGAAAGCUGUGAUGCUGCAGGUUCUGGAGCGUAAACGUUACAGAAUAACUGACAGAAGGGAAAGGCGCCUGUUAAGGAGAGGACUGGAUUUAUGGAGAAACAGGCUGGUCAUACAUAAUGGAUUGAAAAACAUGGCAUAGCUGCAUGGAUUUUAGGAGACAGACCUUGUUUGCCUGUGAUGGGUGAGGAUUUGAAGAAAAGCUUCUAAGAUAAUUUCAGAGAAAAAGAAUAUAGAUAUUUUUAUAUUAUAUUUAAUAUAUUAUAUUUGUAUAUAAAUAUGAAAAGAUUCUAAUAGGAGCUCUCCAUAUGCCUUCCAUUUCAUCUAGAAGGUUUACCUUCUGCACUAUGGUUCCAGUGUGUCACCACCUUCUGUGGGCAUCUUGCCUGCUGCCAAACACCAAAAUUAGUAACCCUGUAUCCUUACAAGAUAGGUUUCAUUUCAGCUUUAUGUAAGAAUCAAUAAAAUGAAGCUAUAUCAGGCAGUUUUUCACAGAAAGAGAAAUUCUUUUAAGACUCAAACAGCACUUUUUUUUUAAUUAAUAAGAAGCACUUUACUGAAAAGAUUAUUUGAAAAACAGUUUAUUUCUUUAGUCAGUGAAACUGGGGGGGGGGGGGCAUCAAGGAAUAACAUGCAUAAAACUGUCAAGAGAGACAUUUCUGGAAAAUGUUUCUUUAAUAUGGUGAUCCUUUGAGGCUCUUUAAGUGCAAGAUUAGAAAGGCUUCAAAACUGGUUGGCUUUGUCUUUUAUAUGGCCAGGGGAAGGGAUUAGUGAUGAUAGCUUCCAGGGAAGAAGACUUUUUAAGUUGCACAAUUGCCUAUGAGAGAGAAUCAUCUGGAGGCUCUUCUGCCUGCUCAAUAAUUCAAAGUGUCCCUUAAGAUUAUAAUUUGUGUUAAAAUGUUCUGAAGGUUGAAAGAUGUGGCCUUUUUCAAAUGUUGAAGUUGAUUAAAGAGCCAUUUAUAUUUUCAGAGAUUUAACCCAGGUAUUGUUAUGAGUGUUCUAAAUGUUGUGGCAUCAGGAGAUGUCAAAUUCCUAAGUUUUUCUGUUUGAAAUCAAUAUUAAAAUUAGGUGUAUGGUCAGAGGGCUGGAAAAUGGUUAUUUUGAUUAAAAGGGAAAAGAGAGUAGUUUUAAUAAUUAACCUUUUAUUUUUUUACUUAUAUCUGGUGGAAAAAUAAUUAAGUGAAUUUGGAUUAAAAGAGACAUUUAAAUAAAUCAUAGUAGAUGAGACAACUGUGAGAGAACAUUUGAAAUUAUUUUGGUUGUCCAUGAGACUGCAUAGUUGCUUUUUCACCAUCAUGAUUUGUAACACUACAUUCCUUGUCUUUUUUUUUUUAAAACAGGUGAUUUUAAGCUCUGCCAUGUUUCAUGCUAUGUCAUCUGCAUGAAUUUUGCCAGCAUGAUACGCUAUAUUCAAAGAAACUGUACCUAAGUAAAUGGAGGGGGGGAGGAGCACAAAACAAACACUGUGUCUGAAAAAAAUACUGUAUGGCCUAAUAUAGAGACCCCAACUGAGACUGAGAGAUGCUGCAUUAAUAGACAAUCAGUGGGUAAUAAUUUAUGAAACACUUUUGGAAACGGUCUUAAAGGCAUUACUGCUUUGAAAGCAGUUGGCAAGUUGUCUUUUUUUUAACAAGAAAGAUAAAAAUUAUUUAUUUUCAAAUAUAUCAGAUUGAAUUUUGAGUUUUAAGCAGUGUUGAUUUCACAGUGUCUUGGGUUUCAGUUUUGUUUUGUAUUUUUUUAACUGGCAUUCGAUUUGUAUACGUAAAAGAAAACAAACAGGAAAACCCUAGUGCCGCUCAUAUUGACGUCAGGAAAUGUAGAUACAGUUCCCUGGUGUUCAUGUGACCAUUACUAACUGUCAAUUUUUUAACUGAAUAAAUGUAACUCAUUUAAAGUUUUGCUUUUUGUAGCUUCUAAGGUUCUAGAAUUAUUUUUUUUUCUGAGUUGCUUGAUGUCAGUUUGAUCUAAGUACCACAGGGAAGCACUCUCUCACCCUUCCCACGACUGUAUCAAAGGCACUCUCUCUCUCUCCCCCCUCCCAAAGAACCAACUGGUGUUAAGUUGCUCGAUGUCAAUUUUCUCUUCUCUCCCCUACCCAGACAAAUGACGUGUGAGAUUUCAGUAAAAAUGCCUACUGUAUUUUUUUUUUCCUUGUCUUCUCUCUGUAUCUCUAUAAAUUGAUGCCCCACUCUAAAGGCUAGAGACCUUU